AAGCCCAGGGGCCCAACCUGAAGAUCUGACCCAGCCCUACCUCCUCCUUCCCUGGCCUUGCUUCAAACGGGCCUCCUGGCUUCACCCUGGGCCCACCAUGGGAGGAUGCCUCUCCAAACCCAAACCAGUAGAGGUCAAGGUGGAGCUCACCCUGCUGGACAAAGAGAAAGAGGCCGAUGUGAUGUCUCCAAACGGAAAGGCCAGCCCCUUCUCCGACAGCAGACCCAACGGAGCCCUGGGCCACGGCUCCGAUGAGGACGCCUCGGCCACCUUCAGGCCCUCACACAAGCCCAGGGACUACGUGGAGGCCACCGUGUGCCAUGUGAAGGACCUGGAGAAUGGACAGAUGCGAGAGGUGGACCUGGGGACAGGCAGAGCGUUGCUCAUCAAGGAGCACGGAGAGUUCUCUGCCAUCGGGCACAAGUGCCCACACUAUGGGGCACCGCUGGUCAAAGGUGUCCUAUCUAAAGGGCGUAUUCGGUGUCCGUGGCAUGGUGCGUGUUUCGACAUCGCCACGGGAGACAUUGAAGACUUCCCAGGCCUUGAUAGUCUACCCAUCUUUCAGGUUAGAGUUGAAAAGGACAGGGUGAUCAUUCGAGCAAACAAGCAGGCUCUACAAACACAAAGACGGACACAGGCCAUGUCCAAGUGUUCAGCUGUCAUCAACUCUAGCACGGGCUUCAGCCAUGUUCUCAUCAUUGGAGCAGGCCCAGCUGGACUGGUCUGUGCUGAGACGCUACGACAGGAGGGCUUCACCGAUCGCAUCGUCAUGGUCACCAUGGACAAACAUCUGCCGUUUGACAGACCAAAACUGAGUAAGUCCCUGGAGAGCACAGCAGAACAGCUACGGCUCCGUUCCGCUGAGUUCCUGCAGACCCAUGAUAUUGAGCUGCUCACAGAGAAGGAGGUUGUGUCUGUGGAUGUCAAGGCGAAGACUGUGACUUUUCAGGAUGGCUUCAAGAUGGAGUACAGGAAGCUGCUCAUUGCUACAGGAAGCAAGCCCAAGCCACUGAACUACAUAGGAAAGGAUGUGGAGAACGUGUUCCACCCCAGGAACCCCGAGGAUGCUAACAGCAUAGCUCGGCUAGCCAACAACAAGAACGCCGUCAUCGUGGGAACGUCCUUCAUAGGUAUGGAGGUGGCCGCAGCCCUCACAGACAAGGCCCAUUCAGUGUCAGUCAUUGGGAGAGAGGUGAUCCCCUUCCGGAAGGUUUUUGGAGAGAAAGUGGGCAAAGCCAUAAUGAAGCUCUUUGAGACAAACAGGGUGAAGUUCUACAUGCUGAAUGAGGUGUCGGAGAUGCGUGGCCAUCAUGGACAGUUAAAAGAAGUGGUCCUCAAAAGCGGCAAGGUCCUACGAGCUGACGUGUGCGUCAUCGGUGCCGGUUCUGGUCCAGCCACUGCAUUCCUGAAACAGAGCGGCGUACACAUGGACUCCAAGGGCUUUAUCACCGUCACUAAGACGAUGCAGACCAAUGUGGAAGGGGUGUUCGCUGGGGGAGACGUGGUCACGUUCCCUCUCUCCUUGCGCAACAACAAGAAGGCCAACAUCCCCCACUGGCAGAUGGCCCAUGUGCAUGGGCGGGUGGCAGCUCUCAACAUGAUUGGAAGACCCACGGAGGUGAAGACAGUGCCAUACUUCUGGAGCGCCAUGUUUGGGAAGAGCAUACGCUAUGCAGGAUACGGAGAUGGGUUUGAUGAUGUCGUCAUCCAGGGAGAUUUGGAUGACCUGAAAUUUGUUGCAUUUUACACAAAGAGUGAGGAGGUGGUGGCUGUGGCCAGCAUGAACUAUGACCCUAUUGUGUCGCGUGUGGCAGAGGUCUUUGGCUCCGGAAAGACGAUUAGGAAACGUGAUGUGGAAACAGGGGACAUGUCUUGGUUAAUAGACAAGGGCUCACAAUGAGGAUCUCAUUGUCUUUUAAACACGAGGCUACUAGUGACUACUAAAACAUUUGAGGGUGCGUGAAGACUGGGGGAAAAAAAAACGAAAGAUACAAAAAAAAGCAAGACACUCGUGGUGCGGACUGAACAAGAGGCUUGGCUGGAUGCAGGAGAGCGGAUUUUUUCGGGAUUUCAGUACGCUCCAGUCCAGGGACAUCAUCUCAAUGGAGGCCUUACUGGGGGCCGUCUGCUGGGGGCCGUCACAGCGCUGUAUAUACUCAUCGGCUUAAGGACUUUACCCUCGAGAAUGAGCCAUACGUGCAUUUGAAGCUAGAUAUUGUAGGGGUCCUGAUUUUCUCAUAUUUGUUUGGCAGCGAAGCAAUACUAAGUGCGGAGGCCCUGUUUGUGCAUGAUCUAACUACCUGUACACUUUUUCUUCAUGUAAGGGCCAGAUAAGGGUAUUUUUUGUACAUGCAACUUGUGUAUAGCUAUAACCUAAUGGCAUUGCAUCAUAACGGGGCUGUACAAUUUCUACUGAUCUUUUCAGAUUUAUUUUCCUUCUCUUUUGAGUUUGAAUUGUAAAGACCUAGGCCCACAUGUGUUGAUCAGCCUGAAAGACUGUGCAGAGGAUAAGGGCACGGUGUACACACGCACACACACACACACACACACACACACACACACACACACACACACACACACACACACACACACACACACACAACACACGUUGAUCAGCCUGAAUGAAAGACUGUGCAGAGGAUAAGGGCACGGUGUACAUACGCACACACACACACACAGACACACACAACAUGUGUUGGAUCAGCCUGAAAGACUGUGCAGAGGAUAAGGUCACGGUGCGCACACACACGCACACACACACACACACACACACACACACACACACACGUUGUUCAGCCUGAAAGGCUGUGCAGAGGAUAAGGGCAUGGUGCACAGUUUCACAUGCACAACUUUCAUACAGCCAAUAGAGAAUAGGAUAGAUGCCAUAAUUUCCCUCUAAUCCCAGAUACCAACUGAAUGCCCCCCCACCCCUCACCCUCAUAAUAGCAUGAGAACCACACCACAAGUGGUGAUAUUGCUAGCAUAAUGCUCCUUCAUGGAUUACAAUGUACCUCUUGCUAAUGGUGACCUUUGUUGCCUUGCUAGUAAAUUGCACAAAAAACAGAAUACUCAAAGAUACAUUCUUAUCUUAUAAUAACGGUAGAGUAAUAGAAUCACAUAGGCUUGUAUCCUCUUUAGGUGAUUGUUUUCUAGACGGUAUGCAAUAAUGCCUGAAUGCUAUUUUUAGUAGACGAUGCCUCCUAUGGACACUCUUUGGUACUAACUCAGGGAGCUGAGGUUUGUGGCCUGGUCAAUUCGGGAUUGGUCCUAUUGCAAAACGAAAUAAAUUUGUUGCUUCUAUUUUCUACCAGACAUCUGGUCACUACA